CUGACUUCCUCUCAUGUCAGUCAGGUAACCAGCAGACUGCAAUCUGAGGGCGCACGAGGACUCACAGGAACGAAUGAGGAAGAAGUGAUGAGACAGACGACGUGGGUGGAUGAGCAGGUUACUGAUGCUCCAAAGCUGACUGAUGAUGAGGAGAAGGAAGAGGAGGAGGAGAAUGCACAACAAAGAUAUACUCAAAAACAUCAGAGAAGGAAGCUUUGGUGACUGGAUGAAGCGCACCUUGAGACAGUCACUGCAUCUUCCAAGUUACCAGACCCCGCCCAGAGGGAGAGAGGGAAAAGCGGUGAGGAGUUUAUACUGUAAGUGAAGUGGAGGAGGUCAAUUAGAAACGACAGAGAAGCGUUAGGAGAGCUCUGCUGGUUUGUGAUAGCUGUGAUAGCACGUUUGCAAAUCUCUGUUUUAUCACUCUUAAUCAAUCAUUUUAUAUUUUAUUUUUCAAGUCAUUCAAGUUGACAAAAAGACAGACGUUUUUAUGAUUUGUUCGUUGAUCCUAACAAGGCCUCUUUGUCACCUGCUUUAGGACAGACACAUUAGACUUACAAUUAGGGUGCCUGUACUCCUUUUCAGAGGUGCCUUGUGAUGAAAUGUUCCCACAGGUUCAUUAACUGUGUAAUUAACCUCUGUGCCAGACACAUUAAUACAUCAAUAAUCAUCAUCCAGUCAUUUCAUAUACAAACUGCAACAUAAUGAAAUGGGCCAGUCUUUUCUCUUGUUACUUUACUUUAAGUAUUUUUUGAGGCCAGAGUUGUUGCUUAUGAAUAUUGAAACCGUUAGCUUUUUUUAAUGAUAUGCCACACAACUUGUUUGAUGCUUUCAACACCUGAAACCACUCAGGUUUUGCGUAUUGGAGAAGUGAAAUGGUCAAAAUCUAUAAUGUGAUUUUAAGAAAUAAAAGUCUAUUCAAUAGAAAGGUUUAUCACAGGAAGGCUGCAGUCCAUUUGGACAACACUCCAUGUGACUGGAGAUGCAUAAAGACAGCAUACCAAACCAUCUGACCUCAGUCGAACUGGGUUGUGAGCCCAGCCAGAUCCUAAAGUCGUCAAUGAAUCAGCAAUAAGGUCAAAUGUAGGAAAAGUGUCUCACAACUGAUAUUUCCCCAUAGUCUUUCAUCUGUCAUUUUCAGUAUUUUGCCAACUCAUUGUGUUACUUGCAAUCUAUAUAGUCACAAUCCAUUAUAUUGAUCUUUAUUCACAGGUUUGUAUCUUUAAAAGUGAAUCAAUCUUGAAUGUAUAAAGAACCUGAUUACGUGCUUUUGUUUCUUUAAAGUAUUUGUACCUUUGUACCCUUUGAGUGAAUACAUUUAGAGAACGUAGUAAUUGAUCUUGUAAAUGUUUGAACAUUAUGAUAGGUUGUCAAAGUCAACUUUCAGUUUUGAUACUCAGUGUUGUUCUAUCUGAAUGACAGUAUAGCAUGUUAAAACAUUUGAGAAAAAAAGCAUAAUAUGGGUGUUGACAAUAUCAGAAAUAACGGUAUUGUAUAGUAUUUAGAUAACAUGUAAGCAAAGUACAUAUAUAGUGUGUUAAAAAAAUUGAAAGAAUGACUAUUAGUAUGUAGAAAAAGUGAAAAAUAAUGAUAGAAAACCCACUCGGAUGGAGCCAGCUCUUUGGACGAGUACGAGAAGAGGAAAAAGAAGAAGAGCAGAAGACAAAGGAAGAUGAAGAAAAAGGUAUGGAAUGAGGAAAUGAGAAAAACAGGCAAAGUACAUUAUGUUAAAAGAUCGGGGAAAUAGUAUAGUAAGCCCCAUGAGGAAAAUAAGCCAAAAUACGAAGUAGUAUAGUAUGUGGGAAAUAUACAAAAUGCAACAUAGUAUAGUAUAGUUAUGUCGAAAAUAUGCCAAAAAACGACAAAGUAUAGUAUGGCAAAAAUAUGCAAAUAACAACAUAAUAUAGUAUGGCGAAUAUGGACAUAAAAUACCAUGUUUGUUGGUUUGUUUUUGCAUUUUUUCGACAUGCUAUACUAUUACUUGUCAGUCAUUUUGCCAACAUUUAAAUUAUCCAAGAUUCUGUCCAUGAAAUAAUCUAAGAUCUUUAUUAGCAUAUUCGUGCUCAGCAAUCAAACGAACGGGGUCUCUGAAGCCAAACAGCAGGGGGCGCUAGCUGUCACCAUUGACUGUAUAUAUAAAGGCUGUCACCAGAUAGCUGCUAGCUUAGACAUGACAGCAACUCUUGUUUGUUUUUGACUUAUUUUCUUUUUGACGCAACAUAGAUGUCACUUAUGACUCUCUUCGAACUACAACAUUGAAAAAUGAAAACUCAACCAUGAACUACAAUGAAAGUUAUUCUGUGAGCCCCAGGCAGCCCACCCUGCCUCCGGUCUCCAACAGGACCCUGACCCACCCGUCUUUCAUGCCUCUGUACCUGGCUGCAGGCUUUACACACCAGCACGCCGACUGUGCCAGCCUAACAGUCCUUCCCCUCGGCCCAGCAGAGUUGUUCUACUCUGAUCCCACCCUGACCUGUGGAAGGAUCCCCAACGUAGCAAGUGAUUUGAGGCUUAUCGAGUGCUUCAAGCUCAACACUCCCCCACCAGUUAUGUCCCCCUGCCCGGCUCCACCUCCCUGUCCAGACCCAUUCAGAUUCGGACCAAACCCCACCAGGAAUCUGGGCCACCUCACUCUGGAAAUAAACAACCUCCAGCCUGCAGUGCAGAAAGGCCAGGUUGUGCUCCAGCUCACCCAGGAGGAGGACCAGGCCAUCACUAACCUCCUGAAACUGCACUACCAAGAAGAGCCUUUACAGAUGGAUGAGACCCUUACGGACUUUACCAGUGUCAACCCCAACUCGUUCUGUCAUCCAGAAACAAUCGACUUCACCGCAGCUGAAGAAGUUUCCAAUCCCUUCCUUAGUGAUCCGCAAUAUCCAAGGGAAACCAUUGAGUUUCUUCAGCAGGGAAGGUGUUGGUCAGAGACAGAGCUUGAUGCUGCUAACACACUCUUGAGCUGCUCUAGACUGGUGGAGGAGAAAAUAAUCCAGGGCCACAACAAAUCAUCAGUAACACUUCCUCACCCUCUGCUACACCUGCGUCAUGAGGAUUCAUCCCGAAGCUCUGAAAGCCAACAAGUUUCGGAGACUUUUCCUGCCUUCAUGACUACUGAUUGUGCCAAAGAGGACUGGGGGGAUUUGGAGGAGGGAAGGAAUGAUGAUGAAGUCCAUCUGCUGGAGUCUUCACUGUCCUCAGGCUCAAAGGCAGGGAGAGGAUUAGGCACCUCUGUAGAGUUUACUAAGGUAAAGGACAUGUUAGAUUCUGAGGGAGAGGCUGUGCAUGUCCUCCUGAGCCUAGGAGACUAGGAUUAUUCUUAUAUAUUGUUUUCACCUUCUUGUCCCUGUGUGUUAGCUUUACUACCUCAUUAUGCAAACCACUGGUUGAUCUGACAGAUUCAUAUACUUCC